CCCCACCAUCCAGUCUCUCUCCAAAUCUUGGGACACAAAGGCCACCGUACUGAAAUAUAGAUUGACAGAGGCGGGGCGGAAACCAGCGAGCGAGCGAGCUCCGCACGGACCCGGUCCGACGAGAUGCUCAACAAGCGGCCGAGGAGCAUGGUGAUGCGCCGGAAGGUCAGCUUGGCGUCCAUGCCGUCGGUGCAGAGGCGGGUGCGCCAGGUGAGCGGCGACAACAAGCAGGCACGCACGAGGCCGAUCUUUUUUGUGUCGCCUUGCGCCGAGGAGAUGGGUGCCGGAGGCGGCGGCCACCACUCUCUGAAGAGGGACGCAUUUACCGGGCUGUGGAUGACGGCGGCGUUCCUGGCGGCCUGCGGCAUCUGCGCCAAACCCCUCGCUGGCAAGGAUGCUUAUAUCUACAGGAGUGAGUUUGCAUUCUGCACCAUGGAGUGCAGGGAGAAGUACAUCGAGAAAGACAUAAAGAUGGAAAAUAAGCGCCGCCUCAUAUCCAUCAGGAAGGCCCCGUCAGACCAGUCCGGCAGCGGCGGGGGCUCGUGCAGCGGGACAGGCAAACCCAUUUAGCUUAUACUAGCUCUCAAAAAAAAAAUUAAGUGUCAUAGACAUAUGUGGUACAAUCUCCACCAUGUUUAAGCCGUCUAUCCAUGUAUACAAGUACAAGGUAGUAGUCUCAAAUAAUGGUCGAAUAAUGGUCGGCUACAUCCCCGUUUCAUGAGCCAGUUCCGCCGCUUCGUGGUUGAUAUGGAGCUGCGAGAUAUUUACCUCAUACUCAGUCCAAGGAGCAGGACAAC